AUGCGUAAUCGAUUCUAAGCUUUCUCUUUCAAGAACUCAACCGAUUCACUUAAAUUCAAUACUCCACUCACUUUAAAUAAAAUUAGAUCAUCUGAAUCACAUCAAUUUGGAUAUGCAAAUAAAAAAUUCCUUUAUAUUUCAACCAUCUUACCCAAUUUUCAACCCUAUUAACAUAUCAUCUCUAAACUCAAAGAUUAAAAUAUUAAAAUCUAAUAAUAGAAAUAAAUCAAAAUGAGAAACAAAAGACAUUUGAUUUAAAAAAAGACCAUCAGUGAAAUUAUUUAAAAAUAAGAACCAUAACCAAAAAAAAGAAGUAAUAGACAUCAUAAUACUGUAUUUUACAAUCACUAGGCUAGUAUACCAAUUACUACUAAUCUUUUUUCUAAUGAUUCUACUUAAAAUCCCUCCAAAGAUAAUUCAAGACAUUCCAUACAGUUACAUAGAUACAAUUCAUUUUCACCACGAAAACUUUAUUUAGAAAAAAGGAAUACAAAGUUUUAAACCUUUUCAUAAAGAUUAAAAACUUUUUACUUACCCAUUACAGCCCCAUUUGAUUCUUAAACCAUUCUCAAAUUAGAAAUGAUAGAAGAUGGAAGAGUUAGAGUUAUUAAAUAAUAAGGUUCUCAUGAUGAUUUCUAAAUUAAUAUAAGAUUAUAUAAAUUUGAGGAUGAAGAUAAAAAUCUUGAUGAUCAAAUCAAAAAUCUAAAAACUAAACUUCCUACUUUGCAUUAAGAAGAUGAUGAAGAAGACGAUUAAAGUUAUGAUGAUAAUUUAGCCAAUUUAAAAUAGAUAUCAAAUAACAAUUAAAAAUAAGCUUAUAAAAAUAUUUUAAAAUUUAAUAGACGAAGUCUCUAAAGCCUUAUAGAUAAAUAAUAAUUAGGAAAAAGCAGAAUCAAAGAAAUUUUGGCUACUGGUAAUUUAAUUUAAUUACUUUUGUAUAGAAUACAGUUAAAGAGCAUUAACUGCCAAUUUGUCCCCUAUAAGUAAUUAUAAUCUUGGAUAUUCUCCUUUGCCAUCUAUCAAACUCUUAGAUGAAAAGAGAAAAAGACCGAUUAAUAAGUUACUUCCUUUAGAUAUUAAACCAGUUAGUCAAUUUACAUUCACCAAUAUCAUUCCUAUAUUGCCACUUUCCAAUAUAUCUCCAUCUACUUAGUCAACUAAAAAUAGUAAUGCUAAAAAAACACUUUCAAGAAAUAUUAUUAAAGCGGGAGGAAAAAAACAUAAAAAAAAUAUUACAUUUGGAUAAUUGCUGAUAAAAGUUUGA